UGCUCUCAGGCCCCGCUGACUUCCUACGGAGCAUUCUCAGGCAUCAGGACUGUGGUGUGUGCACUGGGAGGGUCUUGACCUACUCCGCUAACCCAGUGGCCUGAGCAAAUCACAAGGAGGAUUGGAGCCAUCUGCCCAGCCCCUCCCCCCGCGGCAGCCUACUGGAAAGAGGGACAAGUUAGCAAUUCAAAUAAUUGGCUUUUUGCCUGCUUCGUUUCCAAAUAAGAAGGCAGGGGCUGCUGCUGAGGUGCAAAGGGGUUUUGUGAAUCACAGUGGUGGUGAAGACCCCAGUUCCUCCAGCUCCUACCUAUUUUCGGCUGACCCCAAAGGCAAGGAUGGUGGAAGCUUUCUGCGCUACCUGGAAGCUGACAGACAGUCAGAAUUUUGAUGAGUACAUGAAGGCUCUGGGUGUGGGCUUUGCUACUAGGCAAGUGGGAAAUGUGACCAAACCGACGGUGAUAAUCAGUCAGGAAGGUGGCAAAGUGGUGAUAAGGACCCAAUGCACAUUCAAGAACACAGAGAUCAGUUUCCAGCUGGGAGAAGAGUUUGAGGAAACCAGCAUCGAUGAAAGGAGCUGUAAGUCUGUUGUGCGAUUGGAUGGAGACAAACUUAUUCAUGUUCAGAAAUGGGACGGCAAAGAAACGGACUGUGUAAGAGAAAUUAAGGAUGGCAAAAUGAUCGUGACUCUGACCAUUGGUGAUACUGUUGCUGUGCGCUGUUACGAAAAGGCAUAGAGGAGACGGCAGUUCUUUGGAAGUUCACAUUGCUGGAGUUUUAGAGAUGGCCAGCUACCGCAGCACUGCUCACUCAUUAGAUGGUUGUCUUUGGUGUGGAAGCAGAAAAUUAUAAUUUAAAGAUAUGCAACUCCAAGCAACUCAUAGAAUUUUGAUAUGCAAAGAGUCCCUGUUUUGUAAUUUGCCACAAUUUUAUAAUAAACUUUUAUAAAGAUGGGAAUACUUCUUAUGAUUUUCUUUGGAAUACAAACCCAAUUGGAAUAAAAAGUAUAAACACUUACAAAAAGUUGGCUGUUGUUUUUAAUGUCAUCAAUCUGUCUAGGAACUGUCUAUUGGAGAGUUUUCAAUAAAAUAGCCUUUCUUAUAGCAU